AUGACUGUGGUCGAUCUUGAUGAAGUUAAAGAAAAAAUUAAAGAAACUCAGAAACGAUAUAUGUUUCCAGCGGCAUUGCUAGUAUUUCAAUGUAUAUUUAUAAUAUUAUUUGGUGUUCAUGCUGAUUAUGGAUUAAGACAUGAGGAAAGUAUAAAUUCAAAUGAAACACAAUCUCACAAUAGUCCACCAUCAUUUGGUGAUGUUGAAUUUUAUUAUUCAUUUUUUCAAGAUGUUCAUGUUAUGAUGUUUAUUGGUUUUGGUUUUUUAAUGACUUUUCUUCGUCGUUAUUCAUUUUCAUCAGUUUCAUUUAAUUUUUUAAUAGCUGCAUUUGUUGUUGAAUGGGCUAUAUUAAUUCAUGGUUAUGUAUUUGAAUGGAAUACAUUAACAAAAUCAUUUCCAGUUAAUACAAAAACUCUUCUUCAAGCAGAUUUUGUAUGUGCAUCGGUUUUAAUAUCAUUUGGUGCUGUUCUUGGAAAAACAAAUCCAGCACAAUUAAUUGUACUUGCACUAGUUGAAGUUGUUAUUCAAGUAUGGAAUGAAUAUAUUGGUACUGUACUUUUUUGUGUUUAUGAUGCUGGAGAAUCAAUAUUUGUUCAUGUAUUUGGUGCUUAUUUUGGUUUAGCUGCAUCAUAUGCUCUUCAACAUCGACACGAAGUUCAAUCGCCAAAAGAAAGUUCAAGUUAUGCAUCUGAUGUAUUUUCAAUGAUAGGUACAUUAUUUUUAUUUUGUUUUUGGCCAUCAUUUAAUGCAGGUACAGCAUAUGGAGAUGGAAGAUUACGUGCUAUUGUUAAUACAUAUAUUAGUAUAAGUGCAUCAGUUAUAUUAACAUUUACUAUAUCAGCAUUUGUUGGAAAAGGUAAAGAAGAAAUAAUUCAUAUACAAAAUGCAACAUUAGCUGGUGGUGUUGCUGUUGGUACUGUAGCUGAUAAAGAUAUUGGAUUAUUUGGAGCUAUGAUAAUAGGAAGUCUUGCUGGAACAAUAUCAACAUUAGGUUAUAAAUAUUUACUUGAAUUAUUAAAAAGAAUUCAUAUACAUGAUACAUGUGGUGUUCAUAAUUUACAUGGUAUGCCUGGAGUUUUAGCAGGUUUAACUGGUAUUGUUGUUGCUAGUAUGCCUUGGAAAUCAUUUUAUCAUGAAAAUUUAACAUCAAAAUGUUUAUCAGGAGGUAUACAUAGAUCAGCUGCAGUUCAAGCUGGUUAUCAAUGUGCUGGUCUUGUUUUAACAUUAGGUAUGGCUAUUGUUGGUGGUCUUUUAACUGGAGCUUUUCUUCAUUUACCUAUAUUUGCUACACCAGAUAAUGAUUCUUAUUUUGAUGAUAGUCUUAAUUGGCAUGUUCCACAAGAUUUUGUUGCUGAAGAUUCAGCAUUAGGUUCUUUAAUGAAAAGUCUUUCACCAAUUCAAAUGCAAAUUGAUGAAAAUCCUAAAGAAGAUAAAUUAAAACAACAAGGAAGUAAUCCAAAUAUAAUUGAAGUUAUUCAAGAAAAAACACCUCAACCAUCAGUUCAUACAAUAUCACGAAAUUCAACUGAAUCAACUUCUGUAUAUUUAUCACAAUCAAAAUUUGAUCAAAAUAAUUCAAAAUCACCGAUUUUUUUAACUCAUCGAUUAUAG